GAUCAACCCUAGAGAGAGAGAGAGAGACAGAGAGAAAAAAUGGUUGGGCUACCAUACGAUUGCCUUGCAAAUCCACUUGGAGCCGUCAGAUUGACGUUCGACAAGGCCGUUGCUUCAGGUUCUGAUCCUUCCACGUUUGACGGCCGGGAUUGGGGCGCCACUGAGCUUUUCCGGCAGUUCCUUUUUGACGAUGGCGGUCUCUCACAGGUACCGAUGCUUAAUCCUUCAACAAUUAGGUGGAUCCAGCCCCACACUCUAGUUCGAUUCAGGGGAAUGAUCCAAGACAUGCUGGGUAAUGAAUUUUAUGUUGGAGCAUAUAAGGAUGGGGAAGCUUGGAGAACUAAUAAGUUUGCUGAUGUUUCUCAAUUUCCAAUGAGUGAUUCACCUGACAUGCGAGUUUGGGAGCGUCGCUUGUUGUAUUGUGUCCCUGUCCCAGGGCAGAAUCCAUGGACUGAGCCUUCUUCUGAAGUUGUAAUGGAUUCCCUUAAAAAAUCUAAUUAUUAUACAGAUUUACAGAGGGAGAAGCGCCAAAGGGAGGAUGAUCCAAUAAUGAAUGACGUGGAUAUGGAAGCCAAUGAUGAGUCUCAUGCUUCCCCCCCAUCCACCAAAAAGAUGAGAGAGGAUGGAAUUGCUUCCACAUCCACAGAUUCUGGAGAAACCCUAAAUAAGGGUAUCUGUAAUACUACAAAUAUGGGGGCAGAAUUUGAAAGAUCUUUUCCUUGUCUGGUGAAGAUAUAUGACUCUCCUGAGUCUGAUUUAAAGCUGAAUGAUAUUUUUGAGUUCAUUGGUGUCCUCACCUUUGACACAGAUCUUUCUAAAGAAAAGGAAGAUAACAAUAAUGUUGAAAGCAGCUUGUGUGAGGAUGUAUUGGUUGAGUUGCCACCUAGCAAGGUGCCUCGGCUACAUUGCUUUGUUUACCAGAAACUUAAUGUUCAAGAUUUCCUCUCAAAUUUCCCCAGGACAGAGAUAAAAUCUUAUGUGGUGAAAGGGAUAAGGGAAACACUGCUGGGGCAUCUCACAUCUGUUCUUGGAAAUGAUAGAGUUGCAGCUGAAUUCAUGUUACUACACCUGUUGUCUCAGGUCCAUGCUAGAGUAGAUCCAAUUGCAGUAGGAAAGCUUUCAUUAAAUCUCACAUGUUUCAGCAAUGAAACUGCAUCUGUUUUUCGCCAUCGACUCUGCCUUGCCAUAAAGAAUCUUCUACCAUUCUCUCAGUGUAUACCUCUCACAGUUGAUUAUCUUAACACUGCUUUGUUUGCACCAAAAAAGGACUAUCAAACAAACAGAUUGGUUACAGGAGCUCUGCAAUUUGCUGAUGGUACUCAUUUGACCGUUGAUGAGACACAAUUACAAUCUGGAACCCUCAACUCGACUGGGGUUGAGAAUACCAGGCUACUAAAGAACUUGCUAGAUGUGCAAAAGGUGGAAUACGACUUCACCUACUACAAAAUGGAGAUGCCUACUGAUGCCCAACUGCUAAUUCUUUCCGAGGCAAAAUCAAACAUACUACCAGCUGAUAUAGUUUUGCCAUUCCGUCCAACUUCAGUAACUUCCUAUGAAGAAGUUGAGACUGAUGUGCUGGGUGGUUGGCGUUGGUACUUGGGUACAAUGAAAUCAUUGUCACAUACCAUUGCCCCGGAAAUGCAUAAGGUGUUGGAAGAUGAUUUGGUUGCAGCCAGGCAAGCUGAUCGUAGCCUGGGCAGCCAAGAAUUUAGCAGAUUGUUGACAAUGGGCCGUUUGAUAUCUCUUAGUUUCGGUGAAACCACCUUGUCGAUUGAGCACUGGCAAAUGGUCAAAGAGCUGGAGAGACUCCGCAAAGAGAGACUCAAUGGACGCAUGUAAAGUUCAUCUUUUAGGUACUAAAAUUGUGUAAAAAAAUGAUAAAAUUGUGUGUGUUUUGGUUGCUUGAAGUGCAUCCAUUCAAUCCAGUCUGGCUGUCUGUAGGGUUAUUCAAUUAUAAGCUCUGCUCAGUUUGGACCCUUUUUCAUCAGAUCAGAGGGCUCCAUAAUGGCGUAUUCAUAUUUGAUGUUUUAUGUUUAUCUUAUUGGUGCCCCACGUCCUUAUUCA